UUUCACCUGCAUAUCAUUUUCCGUGUGUGAACGGUUUUAAAGCAUAUAUUAAUUGUGAAUUUAGAUUACGCACCUUUUGCCGGUUUUGCUGUUGUUAUUCUUUUAACAGUUCAAGCUUAAUAUUUAAAAACAUGUCUAAUCGCGACGCAGCCACAAAUCAACUAAUCGACUAUAAAAAUAAUUUGUCGAAACCUCCGGGCACAAUUACAACAGGAGCUGGUAAUCCUGUUGGUAUUAAGGAUGCAACUCUAACCGUGGGACCAAGGGGUCCGGCAUUGUUGCAGGAUGUCAACUUUUUGGAUGAGAUGGCUGCCUUCGAUCGUGAACGCAUACCAGAGCGUGUAGUUCAUGCUAAAGGUGCCGGCGCUUUUGGUUAUUUCGAGGUGACGCAUGACAUUACGAAAUAUUGUGCCGCUAAGGUAUUCGAGAAGGUACAUAAGCGUACGCCGAUUGCAGUGCGUUUUUCCACCGUGGGCGGAGAAAGUGGAUCCGCUGAUACCGCCCGUGAUCCGCGCGGUUUUGCUGUAAAGUUUUACACUGAGGACGGUGUCUGGGAUUUGGUGGGCAAUAACACACCAAUUUUCUUUAUACGUGACCCAAUUCUUUUUCCCAGCUUUAUCCACACUCAGAAGCGUAAUCCGCAAACACAUUUGAAGGAUCCGGAUAUGUUCUGGGACUUUUUAACUCUGCGUCCGGAGAGUACUCACCAGGUGUCCUUUUUGUUUGGAGAUCGAGGCAUUCCCGAUGGUUAUCGUCAUAUGAAUGGAUAUGGUUCGCAUACUUUCAAGUUGGUUAAUUGUAAAGGGGAGCCUAUUUAUGCUAAAUUCCACUACAAAACUGAUCAGGGCAUUAAGAAUCUCGAUCCCAAGGUCGCUCAAGGGUUAUCAGCUACUGAUCCAGACUAUAGUAUUCGUGAUUUGUACAAUGCUAUUAAGAAUGGCAAUUACCCAAGUUGGACAUGGUAUUUGCAAGUGAUGACAUUUGAUCAAGCUAAGAAAUUCAAAUAUAAUCCCUUUGAUGUAACAAAAGUAUGGAGCCAUAAGGAUUUCCCACUUAUCCAAUUUGGCAAGAUGGUGCUCGAUAGAAAUCCUACCAAUUACUUUGCUGAAGUUGAACAAAUUGCCUUUAGUCCAGCACAUUUGGUUCCAGGCAUUGAACCAUCGCCCGACAAGAUGUUGCAAGGCCGACUUUUCUCGUACUCAGACACACACAGACAUCGUUUGGGCCCUAAUUAUUUGCAAAUACCGGUGAAUUGCCCUUAUCGUGUUAGUGUUACUAACUAUCAGCGCGACGGUCAAAUGCGUGUUAAUGAUAAUCAAGGUGGUGCUCCGAAUUAUUUCCCCAAUUCGUUCUCAGGACCAGACGAAAGUGCUCGUGCAAAGAGCUUGAUGCCAUGUUGCCCUGUGCAAGGUGAGGUUUAUCGCUUCACCAGCGGCUUCACCGAGGACAAUUAUAGCCAGGUGACCGAUUUUUGGGUUUAUGUUUUGGAUGAUAGAGCUCGCCAACGUUUGGUAGCUAACAUUGUUGACAGUUUGAGCAAUGCCAGUCAAUUUAUUCAGGAGCGUGCUGUUAAGAACUUUACUUUAGUUCAUGCUGACUUUGGUAGAAUGCUUACUGAAGGCCUUAACUUGGCCAAAUCGGCCAAAAUCUAAAGAACUGAAAUUAAUUAUUAUCUUUGCAAAUAUUUUCAAUGUUUUCAAUGCUAAUGCACAUAACUUUUUUGAGGUUACGGGUCGCUUCCAGACACAUUUUUUGAUAUAUUAUUAAAACAUAAAGGGCUGUGAUACAGUCUGCCAAAGGGCAAACAAUUGUAAUGUUUAUUUUUAUUGGAUAAAAAACGAAAAAUUAUUUGAAAUUCAAAUUGUAAUACCGUUUAUUGGUUAAAUUGUUCAAAUUGUCGAUUUGUAAUCUUAUUGGAGAAGAUUAGCAAAUUCUUGUUGGCUUUAUUUUUUUUUAAUCAAUUGAAAUCGCUAUCCCUUUAUGCUUGUAUAAUCAUAUUGUUAUAUGAAAUUUUGUGUUUAAACAAGUACAGAUAUAUACAUAUGUAUGCUUUUUUUACAUUUUUAAUAAAAUUCAAUAUUCAUAAAAUAAAAAAAAUA